AUGUCCCAACUCGCCAAGGUAAAGUCCAAGGCGCGUCACCAGUCGGGACCGGGACCAUCCUCCUCUCUCGGACCUGGCCGCGGGGGCGCAUCUCUUCUACCUUCCCCGGCUGUGAACGAUACUCGACGAGGAAGUGUCGCCGCUGCCGCUGCUGUAGCCAACGCAGCAACAACCACGACCGGUUCUAGCACUCCGAAUCCCGCGACAACCCUCAAUCUCUCCCUUCCGUUGCAGCUGCCUCGAGGCGAGUCUACGCGCACCACCGAUAGGACGGAUGCGCUCUGGGCCGAGAUGCAGGCGACUUUGGAGGAGGUCGAGCUGUCAGCUAGCGGCGGCACGAGGGUGUUUGGGCCGGAUCAUGAGCAGAAGCUGGCGGAGCUACGGCAGGCGCAGAUUGCCCUGGCACAGGCUUGGGCGAGGAGCGAAGCGGAUGAUGCUGUUGAAACACAGAACAAGGGGGGUGCUGCAAGCGUUGUGGGAGCCGGGUUAGGGAGAACCAAGUCGUCAGUUGCCGGAACGGAAUACGGUGGCUUUGGCGGGAAAUCCGAGGCGGGUGGUACGAUAGGAGGCACCGAGGGCGGAGGACCGAAGAGCACUGUGGGUGCCGGCAGCACACGGCCCAAUAGUGCCGGAGGACCUGAGAAGCUUGGGGCGAAGCUCGAGCAGGAGACUGACGCCGACAUUCUACUUGCGAGAAAGAGACGUGAGGCCAAUGAUCACUACUUUUCGAGAGUCAACCAGGGCGUCCUCGAUGUUGUCGCCAAGUUGGAGGAUGUAGCUGUUGCCAUGCGCGCGGUUGAACAGGAGAGUAAGGACAUCUGGGCAGACGGUGAAGACGACAGCAAUCCGGGGAGUGUAAGGGCCAAUGCUUAA